AUGUCCAACCAAAGACCCGGCGAUCAUAUGUCGCUCGGCUUCCCGCCGCAGUCGGUCUCUCUUCAGACUCGAACCGGUUCGCCUACAAGCACAUCACCGAAUGAUCCGACCUCUGCCGGUGCCAUCCGCUCUCCUUUCGGCCUGUCAUCGGGACUGGGACAGUCUUCCAAGAUGGCUGGCGCUUCGCGGUCGGGCAAUGGUUCGCCAUCCCACGAUAUGGCGUCCUCUGGCCGGCUCUUUUCAAAACGCGCCCGCGAGAUCCAAGCCCAGGAAGGCAUCUCGGGAUUGCCGGUAAACCCAUGGGGUGGGCCCCCGACCAGCGGCAACUCGACCCCUCUUCGAGAGAACAUCCCGGAGUCGCCCACCGACGGCUUCCCGGACUUCACCCAGUUGCCCACUCCGGACAGCUUGCCCCAGACUCGGCGUGCUCGUGCCGGCACCGUGCCGUCUAGAUUUCCUGCCGGUGCCGGGGUCAAUGGCAUGCUGAAUAUCCCGGCCUUGGCUUCCAAGACCUCGCGCCCUUCUCCGUCGCAUACGCCGUUCAAGUCUCCCUCUCCCGGCAUUGAACAAGCCGAGGGCUCAGCUUCAACGCUUCUUUCCAGGCUGAGGGCUGGUUCUAUGCCUCAGCGCAGCCCGUUCGCCCAGGUACCCGGCACAAGCUCGCCAUUCGGCGUUUCCAUCUUCAGCAGCUGGACGCCUACUGGUCGUGAAAGAGGCAACACUCUGGCCAGCAUCGCAAGUGUGCCAUCCAACAACCCCAGUUCUCCAACCCAGUCGCACUUCUCUCGCGAAGGCGCGGGCGAGAACGAUGUCCAUAUGAGGACUUUGGACUACCUUGGCCUGGCAGAGACACCGCAGCCUCCUCGCGCUCAGCUUGCCACCCCGUACAUGCCGACCUAUGUCGAUUUUACUAAGGCCGCGAACAGGUUCCGCUCUUAUUCGGUCAACAACAAGGAUAAAUACGCUGACGAGGAAGAUGAUUAUGAUGAAGAUCCGUUGACCAUAAUGGAGAACCAAUACGCUCAGCUUCAGGAUCAACUAGCUGCCACCAACGCAGCUAUUCAACAGCAUAACCUCGCCGUACAGGCAUUCCAAGCUGCCCGUCCGCGUGCCAGGACAGCCGGUGUUCUGGACACUCCUGCCAGCAGGAUUCUUCGUAACUACAUUCCAACUCCCUCUCGGCUUGACGCUUCUAUUACAGCUGCCGACAUUCAGUUGCCGGAGGAGAGACAGUACGAAGAUUUGCCCCAGGCCGUCGCUGCCAUGACUCUGGGAAGAUCGAACAGCCGUAACAACAACGGCUUGCUCAGCGCCGAGGAGCCCAACAUGGAGGGCCCAACAAGCGCCUUGUGGCUCGGCAGCAUCCCUACGUCCACCACGACCUCUACGCUUACUGAGAUGUUCAAGUCGUAUGGUCCCAUUCUCUCCGCUAGAGUGCUGACCCACAAGAACUGCGGCUUCGUCAACUUUGAAAGAGUGGACAGUGCCAUCAACGCCAAGGCCAACAUGAACGGAAAGGAGAUUUUCCCUGGUGCUGGUCCCAUUCGUAUCAACUUUGCUAAGCCGCCUUCCGCGUCCAACACUCCCGGCCACGAUGGAGCCUUCCCUUCCCCUAGCCCUGAUCCGUUUGCUAAGGGACAGGAAAAUGGUCAAAACGGCAGCACUGGCGCAUCUGGUGAUGCUUCCCCGACACCCUUGGCCGGAAACGCCAUCCCCACCGUGGCACCUCUCUCUGAGAUGACCGUCGACAUCCUUAACAUCGUCCAGCAGUUUGGCGCGACCGAGGAGGACAAGUACAAGAUUUCCGCCAACCUCCAGAACGCCAUUCAGUUCGAUAACUUUAUCGAUGAGAUUCCCCCCAUCAAGGAGCCCGCCCACACCCGCGUUCACGAUGCUCCCAAGCUCCGUGAUAUUCGCAAGCGGAUUGAUAACCAGACCUUGUCUCAGCAGGAGAUCGAGAACAUUGCUAUCGAGAUGCUUCCUGAAAUUGCUGAGCUGGCGUCGGAUUAUCUUGGUAACACUGUUGUCCAGAAGCUCUUUGAGCACUGCUCUGACUCCGUUCGCGACCAAAUGCUUGCUGAGAUUGCACCUCAUAUGGCUGAGAUUGGCGUACACAAGAACGGUACUUGGGCUGCCCAGAAGAUCAUCGAUGUCUGCAAGACGCCCCAGCAGCUGAACCUCAUCGUUGAGAACCUGCGUCCCUAUACGAUCCCCUUGUUCCUUGACCAGUAUGGCAACUACGUCCUUCAGGGCUGCCUGAAGUUCGGCCCUCCCUACAAUGACUUCAUCUUUGAGACCAUGCUCAGCAAGAUGUGGGAGGUUUCCCAAGGCCGUUACGGCGCUCGUGCCAUGAGGGCAUGCCUGGAAAGUCAUCACGCUACCAAGGAUCAGCAGCGGAUGCUCGCAGCUGCCAUUGCCCUUCAUAGCGUACAGCUUGCCACUAACGCCAACGGUGCCCUACUCCUGACUUGGUUCCUCGAUACCUGCACGUUCCCGCAGCGCCGCACAGUCUUGUCGCCGCAGCUCGUUCCUUACCUGUUGCAUCUGUGCACUCACAAGGUCGCGUACCUGACCGUCCUGAAGGUGAUUAACCAGAAGGCGGAGGCUGAUGCCAGGGACACUAUUCUUAAGGCUUUGUUCUUCACUCAGAACGACCAGGUUCUGGAGGCAAUCCUCAGCGACCACGCCUGUGGUGCGACGCUCAUCUUCAAGGUCUUGACCACUCCCUUCUUCGACGAGACCAUCCGGACUCAGGUUGUUGAGAACGUGAAGAAUGUCUUGAUUCGCAUCAAGGCGCAGCCUGGCCAGGGUUAUAAGCGUUUGAUGGAUGAAGUUGGAUUGUCUACUCGGAGCGGUGGGAGCAACAGCAACAACGGAAACAACACUCGUGAGCACACCAACAAUAACAGCAACAACACCAACAAUAGUGAAAGGCAGCGUCCUACAUCUCGCCAGACCCCUCAACAUCAGCAGCAAAACCAGCAGCAGCAGCAGCAGCCUCAGCCGGCACAGCAGGCGCAGCAGCAGCAACCUGGUCAGUUUACCCCUGGCCCGGGUCAGUACUAUAACCCAUUGAAUGUUGGCGCCCCCAACUACAAUGACAUGGCUUUCGGCAUUCCUAGAAGCGAGGGCCUGGAGAUCCCCCAGCAGUUCCCUGCUUUCGUUCCUCAAGGACAAAUGUACGGUGGAGCCGCCACACCGAUGGCCCCCGCCACUGCUCUCCAGCAAAUGCAGUACCAGCAGAGCAUGAUGGCACGCGGCGCACCUCCCAUGAACAACUACUACCCAGCUGGUAUGCCCGCCGGGUUUGGUGGUUUCCAGACCCCGAGCCCCUCGAUCGACCAGUAUCGCGGCACUCAAGCUGCCAUGUCCAACGGCAGCCCGAUUCAGCCGCCGCCUGGUGCACCCCAGAUGCCUAACAUGCCACCUGGUGGUCCUCAGGGUCCGUAUGGCGCAGCCCCGGGAUUCGGUAUGAACAUGGGUAUGCCCACUCCUGGCUACGGUUACGGCGCUGGGCCUGCCCCUAUGGGCGGAGCUGGCAUGCCGCCCCAGCAGCAAAAUGUGGGAUAUAUGCAGGAGCAGGGCAACAACAACAACACCUCCAGACGUGGACGGGUAAGUCAAGAAUUCUAUCUUUGUAGUAGGAUGAUGGUGCACUGAAUUGUGAAAUGGGUCGCUAAUCAUCGGUUCCUGAUAUACAGAGAUAAACAAAUCCCGCUGCCUGGCACCUAAAGUGUCCACACAUCUCCGCUCCUCGGCCCUUCCAGCUCGGUAGGCGCCACAAGAUGGGCUAUGUACAACACUUCACAUCUCUUCUCUCUCACUCUUUGUGUGUAAGGGAUGAGGAAUGUUAACCUUCUGAUGUUUUAUUGUU